GGAGCUUCAUUUAAGAACAGAAAUCAGUCUUUAUUGGAAGUUUAAAAAUUUAGUGACUUUCUACUAUUAAGACAUGACGCUUCCAUUCCGAAAAGAUUUGGACAAGUACAAGGAUCUUGAUGAGGAUGAAAUUCUUGGCAAGCUAUCAGAAGAAGAACUGAAAUAACUGGAAACUGUUCUGGAUGACCUUGACCCUGAGAAUGCACUUUUGCCAGCAGGCUUCCGACAGAAAGACCAGACUGCUAAAAAGGCCUCGGGCACUUUUGACAGAAAGAAACUCCUUGCUUAUUUGGAGAAGGAAGCACUGGAACAGGAAGACAGGGAGGAUUUUGUUCCUUUUACAGGGGAAAAGAAAGGGAAAAUAUUUAUCCCCAAGCAGAAGCCUGUACAGUCUUUCAUGGAAGAAAAAGUGUUUCUUGAUCCAGAACUGGAGGAAGCUUUGACAAGUGCCACAGAUACAGAACUGUGUGACCUUGCAGCUAUCCUGGGAAUGCACAACUUGAUAACAAACACUCAGUUCUGUGACAUAGUAGGAAGUAGUAAUGGUGUCAGCAAUGAAAGCUUCACAGACGUAGUAAAAGGUGAAAGGACGAUACCAUUUUCAGAUGAACCACCAAAUCCCACACAUGUAGAGGAGAGUUUGCAAAGGAUUAAAGAUAAUGACUCUCGUCUUGUUGAAGUUAAUUUGAAUAAUAUAAAGAACAUCCCGAUUCCAACAUUGAAAGAAUUUGCUAAAGCUUUGGAAACCAACACCCAUGUGAAGAGUUUCAGCCUUGCAGCCACUCGAAGCAAUGACCCUGUUGCUGUUGCUUUUGCAGAUAUGCUGAGAGUGAACAAAAAAUUGAAAAGUCUAAAUAUAGAAUCAAAUUUCAUCACUGGGGUUGGCAUUAUGGCACUGGUUGAUGCACUAAAAGAGAAUGAAACCCUGUCAGAGGUCAGAAUCGAUAACCAGAGGCAGCAGUUGGGAACACCUGUAGAAACGGAAAUUGCCAAAAUGCUUGAGGAGAACACAAAUAUCCUUAAAUUUGGAUACCAUUUCACACAACAGGGACCGCGAACCAGGACAGCUGCAGCUAUCACAAAAAAUAAUGAUUUGGUUUGCAAGAGAAGGGUUGAAGGAGACAACCAGUAAACCUUGCUGCUUGCCUUUUGUAUUUUUGCUAUUUGUGUGGCCGCCGUUGCUGUUGUGUGGCACGCACAUUGGCAGAACCCUCCUGGCCCCUUGGGCCACUUCCAUUACCUGGAGGAGGGAUGUAUUAGGUCAAAGCAGGGCAUUGCGGAAGAUAUUGUUACGGUUUAGUUAGGCAGUUGGUGUUUUUAUUUGCCUUUUAGCUUUGGCUUGUGUAGAUUGUACUAUUGAUUUUAUAAGCUGGGAAUGUCCUGCCAAUGCCUUCUCUCCUUUUCUUUUUGAUUUUAAC